GGCCGGCAUGUGCUUUCGGCUUCCGACCAGCAAGUGGCGCCAUUACACUACUCGCUCGGCUCCGUUUUCAUGCUGAGAGUUUCGUUCCCAGAUGUCGCUCGUCGGUAGAAGCAAAACAAAACACAAAUCCUCCGUCACAGGAAAAGGCCUGUUAAGUCCAAUAUGUGAAAUAAAUUGACGAGAAGUCCUGCACAUGGAAACCAGGACGCAGCUCCAGAUUGGUGUCAACACUACAUGAAGUGACAAUCUUGAUACCUGGUGUCUUUGUGGAGUGUGACCAGAGAUGUGGGUCUUGCAAGGCAAUGUCCUUUAUCCCCGCAUUUACCUCUUGGCAGCUCUAUUGCUCAUUCGACUGCUGCCAGUUAAAAGUGGUGACUGUAAGGGGGUGAGGCAGGUGCUGAAUGGGUCUCUGGGAUACGUCACCGAUGGACCUGGGAACUACUCUGUCAAUGGGAACUGUGAAUGGCUAAUUGAAGCACCAAGCAGUCGGUACCGCAUUGUACUGACAUUUACAUUCAUGGAGACGGAGUGCACCUAUGACUAUCUGUUCAUUUAUGAUGGUGAUUCAUACAGCAGUCCCCUGCUUGCCAGUCUGAGUGGAAGUACACUACCUGAAGUUAUUGAGGCUCGCUCAGGCAAGAUGCUGCUUCACCUUUUUAGUGAUGCCAAUUACAAUCUACUUGGCUUUAAUGCCACCUUUGCCUUCUCCUUGUGCCCACUCGAUUGCUCUGGCCAUGGUGUGUGCAACUCUAUUGGCCAGUGCAAUUGCCAUCCUGGAUGGGUGGGUGAAGGAUGCAAUCAGCCCAGCUGUAGUGUAAAUUGUAGCCUUCAUGGGACAUGUAGUUCAGAUAAUAGAUUCUGUCAAUGUAAACCAGGUUUCAUUGGUCAGAGUUGUGACCUUUCCCUGCGGGACAAUCAGGGAGCUGGCAGCUGGUAUGAAGUUAGCCCUGGAAAUGGCAGUCUCUCUCCGAGAACUGCUGCUGCUGGAGUUUUUCUUAACACUACAAAUGCCUUGUACAUAUUUGGGGGGUUUGAUCUGAACAAUGCCAUGGAGAACCUGGUAAUUUAUAAUUUCACUUCUAACCAUUGGGAACAGUUGAUGUGUAACUCCUUACCGGAUGCAAGACACUCUCAUAUUGCAGUUGAGUGGCUUGGGAACAUGGUAAUAUUUGGAGGUGAGCUUGCCAAUGGUUCAUUAGCCAGUGAUGUCUGGAUGUAUAGUCCGCUGAACAACUCCUGGAAAGAACUCAGCCAUUCGAAUGCUCCUGGUGCACCUAAGCUGGCCAAUCAUGCUGCAGCUGUGGUUAAUAAUCAUCUUUAUGUGUUUGGUGGCCGAACUAAUGAGGACAUGUUUUCCUCAGAAUUGUACCGUUUUGCACUAGAGAGUAAAUUGUGGGAACUGGUACAGCCUUCAGGAGGAAAGCCUCCUGCUGCGGCUGGGCAUUCAAUGGUUUUUCAUGCUGCAUCACGUACUUUGCUUGUUUAUGGUGGUCAUAGGCCUUCAACUGCCAGAUUCAGUAUGAGAGUGAACACUACAGAUGCCUUUCAUGUAGACCAACUCUACUGGACUACAUUUCGCUCAAGAUAUCCCAUUAAUGGCCCAAGAGAACGGGCAUUUCAUUCUGCCACAGUGAUUGGAAACUACAUGGUCAUUUAUGGUGGGAAUGUGCACAUCCAUUACCAAGAGGAGAAAUGUUAUGAUGAAGAAAUCUUUUUUUACCACUUGGGUUGCCAUCAGUGGGUGUCUGCAGAUGAAAUGACUAGGCUACUUCAGACUCGGGAUGGUCGUGAAUCUAGCCGUGUUGUCCGAGGCCGUUAUUCUCAUGUUGCUUCCGUAAUGAAUGAAAAUGUCCUUCUUGUGUCUGGAGGCUAUAGUGGAGUUCCGCGGGGAGACCUGCUGGCUUAUAAAGUGCCAAUUUUUGUGCAGCAGAUUCUUGUACAAAAUCACCAUCUUGAUUUUUGUGCUAUAUAUUCAGAGGAAGGCUCUUGCUCAAAGAACCCAGAGUGCACAUGGUGUCAGAAUAGUUGUCGCAGCUUCCAGCCAGGCAGCCCGUGUGGUAAUACUUUUUGCUUGGGCCUUGCUCGCUUCCUACCUGACUGUCAGUCUUGCCUUAUAUUCAGCGGACAUGGUGAAUCUCUGCCUCAAGCACCAAACACAUUUGGAUGGUGUGUUCAGAAUGAGUCCUGUGCUCCAGUUUCAGAGUUUAAUUCAUGCAAAGUAGACCCAAUUUCAGGAGCCUAUGGUUGGUGGGGUCAGAAGACUCGCUUCAUUACCUCUCUGGAGGAGUGUCAAAGAGAUAACUUCACCCCUGGGAUCCACCUUCUCACUUACCAGAACCCACGCAAUGACUCUCAGCCUGACAAGGUGUCAAUUGUACGGAGCACUUCUAUUACACUGAACCCCUCUACAGAGAUGGAUGUCACCCUUGCUUUUAAAGGUUUCAUUCACCCACUUUGGAACAAUGCUGGACCCUGGGAUAUUGUGUCAGUGUGGGCACGUAUUCAGCGAUUGUAUGUUGUGGGGAAGAUUGCCAAGGGACCCAACUCUACUGAAUUGACGGAAGAGUUGGGCCGAUGGACAGUACAGCAAGAAAAGAUUUCUCGGCUCCUACAGAGGCCAAAUGGGGAGCGCCUGUUCCAAGCUCUAGAUCGUGGUAACAAGUAUGCAAUCCAGGUUGAAGGAUACCUCAAUAAUUCAGGCAAUGGCCAAACAAGUGAACUAACCCUCACUUGGAACCGGACUAGUGUACUUGGAGGCAGUGAGAUUUCUUUCCUGUUUUUGGAACCAUUUAGUUCAGAUUCCUGCUCUUCAUACCGAUCCUGCCUUGCCUGCCUUGCUGAUCAGUCCUGUGGCUGGUGUCCACAUAGCAGUACUUGCCUUCAACGCAUUGACUCACAUGGCAACACCACCCAGUGUGCUGAUGGAACGCUACAGUUUAUCUUAUCUCCUGCUAACUGCAUGCUAUGUGAAGAUUACCGGGACUGUGAGUCCUGCACUAAGGACCAAUUCUGUGAAUGGCAAAUUAAUAGCAACAAGAAAGGAGACUUUCUCUGUAGUCGAAGGGGUCGCAUUGCAGGAUCCAUUCGUUCUCCCGUUGGCUGCCCAACAUUGUGCAACCAGCGAAGCACCUGUGGAGAAUGCCUUUCAAAUUCUAGUCAGUGUGCUUGGUGCGAGUCGGCACAGGCCUGUUUCUUCUUUGCAGCAUAUUUAACAAAGUAUCCUUUUGGAGAAUGCCGUGACUGGUAUGAUAGUGUUCAUUCAGUGCCGCAGUGCAUGGACUGUUCUCGAUAUGUCACCUGUCGAGACUGUUUGCAGAACUUUGAAUGUGGCUGGUGUGGAAAUGAGGCCAAUCCUACACUGGGCAGCUGCUUACAUGGUGACUUUUCUGGCCUCAAGGAUUCACACUACCCAAACUGCUCAGUUGCUGUUUCUGAGAGAUUUGUUAGUCUUCCUCCUGAAGAGCCAUCACUCUGGUCAUAUCGAACAUGCCCAGAUGUUGAUGAGUGCCAAUUAGGAAUGCAUUCUUGCCAUGCCUUUGCAACAUGUCACAAUACAUUGGAUUCUUUUGAGUGCCACUGCAACCGCGGUUACACUGGAGAUGGUGUCACCCACUGCAAUAAAACCUGUUACAAUGAAUGCAUGCAUGGUGAAUGCAGUGGUCCCCCUGACUACAUGUGCAUCUGUCAUUUGGGAUGGACAUCUAAUAGUAGUUCUGUUAACCAGACGGGUAUAGAGUGUGAUCUAGACUGCGGCUGCAAUUUCCACAGUACCUGUCAGGCAGGCCUGGGCCUCUGUGAUCACUGUCAAGGCUGGACAAUGGGUGAGCAUUGUGAACACUGCUGGCCAGGUAGUUUUGGCAGUGCUCUAGACCCUGGAGGCUGCAAGCAGUGUGCAUGUAAUGGACAUGGGUUGGAGUCAUUGGGUAUCUGUAAUGUAACAUCUGGAGUUUGCUUCUGUGAAGGGUCUACAGAGGGAGAGUACUGUGAGAGGUGUGUAGCAGGUUAUUAUGGGGACCCCAGGAAUAAUGGAACCUGUUACCAGCAAUGCAGUGGACGAAACUUCCUAUCAAGCAUUACUUCCUCAGCACUGGGCUCAGCAAAGGGAAUGACUGUUUCUGAGCAGGGCCUAUCAUACUGUCUGUGGGUGUUGUCCACCACAAACAUCUUGGAACCAUGUCCCAUUGAAAGCCGAUGUCCAAGCAUCAGUCUCACUAUACAACCUGACAUACACACACACUGUACAAAUAACUACUUGUUUGUGUUUGAUGGACUUCCUGAAUUUCUCAACAAUGGUGUUGUGCGUUCUGACCGCAAUCUCAUUGGUGUCUUUUGUGGCACCAGCAGGACAGAUCCCAUAACAAUUGAAGCUUCUUCAGGUAUUGUAACAGUGUAUUUUGAGGCCAAUGUGACAGAUGUGCCUGGCUCCCAUGGCUUCAACACCACCUACCGUGUAAGCCGCUGCCAGUCAGGCUGCUCAGCCAAUCAGGAGUGUGUGAAUAGACGUUGUGUGUGCAAAAAUCGAUUUGCUGGACCUGAUUGCUCUCUGGUGGUGUGCCCAAGUGACUGUGACUCUAGCAAAGGCCAUGGCAUCUGUAAUAUGAGUUUGGGGCUGUGUGUUUGUUCUAAUGGCUAUGCUGGCCCAGAUUGUUCCACACCUGUGGAUUCUGGAAAAGUUAUCUGGGAGACACUUAUGGAUACACAAUACACAACUAAUAAAGCUCAUCGUUUUUUGCUCCGAAUGGGCCAUUCUUUAGUUGAGGGCCCAGAUUCUACACUUUGGAUGUUUGGUGGAUUGUCUCUUCUGGAGGGCAUUCUUGGUAACGUUUAUAGAUACUCAAUUCCAGAGCGUCGGUGGACUCAGAUGUUGACCAGCACAACUGAUGGUAGUCCAGGACCAUGUCCAAGAUAUUUUCAUGCUGCUGCUUAUGUCCCAGGCCACAACACUAUGUUUGUUGUAGGUGGGCUUACUGAGAAAGGUGUGGCAAGUGAUAUGUGGGGUCUGAAUUUAACUACUCUACAGUGGAAACAAGAAUCUUCAUUGUUGCUUCCAGCUGUUGCUGGCCACACUCUCACACUGAGGCGCAACUAUUCCUUGCUCCUUUUUGGAGGUUAUUCCCCAGAAAAUGGCUUCAACAACAAGCUCCUGGAAUUCAACUUGCAAACAGGCAACUGGAGUGUUGGACUGCAGACCGGCACUCCCCCUACAGGUCUGUAUGGUCACACGGCAGUAUAUCAUGAGGGCACAGAUGCUGUUUACCUCUUUGGAGGGUAUAGAUUUCAUAUGGAAUCUGUUGCUGCAUCAGCUGAACUAUAUAGUCUUCAUUAUCCUAACCUUACGUGGAGUCUACUGGCACCAUCUCAAGGGAGUAAGCCAUUGUCACGAUUUUUCCAUGCAGCAGCAAUUUAUCGUGACACCAUGGUUGUAGUGGGUGGGCGAACAGAGCUAGAUGAGUUCAGUGACAGUGUCUUGUUCUAUCAGAUCACCUGCAACACUUGGAUUCAGCCAAACAUUUCUGAGUCUAUGAUUGGUACACCUUUGAAUGCUUCUGUUUCCCAUGCCAUGGCUACUGCUAAUGGACAAUUCUUCGUCACUGGCGGUUUUAAUGGUGUGGCCCUGGGACGUAUGCUGACACUUACUGUACCCUAUGAUCCUUGUCUGGUGCUAAGUACUCAACACUCCUGCAACUCAUCAAGUGGAAGCUGCAUUUGGUGUCGGACUAGCUGUGUGUCCUCGGACACUGCUGAAAGACUUGGGUGUGGAUCAGGAAAAAGUCAGUGUUUUCCAAUGCCUCGGUCAGCUGGAGAGUGCCGGAGACUGAAGACCUGCAGUGAAUGCCUAGCCAGACACCCUCGGACAAUUGGUCUUGCAGCUGGUCAACUUCUGCAACAGUGUAAGUGGUGCACAAACUGUCCAGAGGGAGCAUGUAUUAGUAGUGAUGGAAGCUGUACUUCUGAAAAUGACUGUCGCAUCAACCAGCGUGAGAUCUUUGUGGCCAGCAACUGCUCUGAAAUCUCUUGUGAAGCAUCUGACUGUCCAAAAUGUACUGCCUCUGGUAAAUGCAUGUGGACCAGGCAGUUCAAAAGAACAGGAGAGACACGGCGUAUUCUGAGUGUGAGCCCAACCUACGAUUGGACGUGCUUUAGCCAUUCCCUGCUGAAUGUUUCCCCAAUGCCAGUUGAGUCCUCUCCACCAAUGUCUUGUCCCACUCCAUGUCAAGGCUACACCACAUGUACAGAUUGCUUAAAAUCUAAGGGUGCAGAUGGUGGUUGGCAACAGUGUGUUUGGAGCAUCUCUCUGCAACAGUGCAUGAGCCCAUCAUACCUGCCUCUGCGCUGUGUGGCCGGGAUGUGUGGCCGUGUUCUGUUUGGGUCUGAAAACUGCUCUCCUGACUGUUCAAGAUUCCAGCAGUGUGCAUCCUGCAUUCGUCAGCCCCGUUGUGGAUGGUGUGCUGUCCAGGAAGAGAAUGGAAUGGGGCAGUGCAUACAGGGUGGACUUCAUGGACCUCAGAAUGACAGCACUAGAAACACAUGUGCAAAUUCAAAUGGAAUUUGGGCCUUCCUGUCCUGUCCCCCAGAGAACGAGUGUCUUAACAACCAUCAUGACUGUAAUGCUACACAGAACUGUAAUGACAAGCUGGAGGGCUAUGAGUGCACCUGUAAAAAUGGAUAUACUUUAGAUAAUAUCACAGGCCUUUGCAAGCCUGUUUGUGAACAAGGCUGCUUGAAUGGAACCUGCAUUGAACCAAAUCGCUGUCAGUGCCACUUUGGCUACGUGGGGGAAAAUUGUUCAGUGGAGUGCCAUUGCAACAAGCAUAGCAACUGUGCUAGUGUAAGUGCACAGGACAUGUGUCUGCAGUGCUUCAACAACACAAUGGGUGACCAUUGUGAAAAAUGUCGCCCACUCUUUGUUGGCUCAGCAGUAAAUGGUGGUAAUUGUCGACCAUGUCGAGAAUUCUGCAGGGGGAACAGUGAUAUCUGUAUAACAAGAGAUGAAUAUGAACAGGCAAGCCAUGAUCCAAUCAAGUAUCUCCUUGACCCUGCUCUGAUACCCAGCUGGGUUCAUGAGGGCCCAACAGAGGAAAAUGCCAUCUGUGUGAGCUGUCAGAACAACAGUUUUGGGGAGAAGUGUGAGAGUUGCCUUUCAGGGUACUUUCUGCUAGACGGAAAGUGUACUAAAUGCCACUGCAAUGGCCACGCUGAUGAUUGCAACCAAAUAGAUGGCACUGGAUGUCCCUGCCAGAAUAACACGGAAACUGCAUCCUGUCUAAACACACAGAAUGAUAAGAAGGAAUGUUACAAACAACAGUGUGCAAAAUGCAAGGACUCUUUCAAUGGUACUCCAGUGAAUGGACGCCAGUGUUACCGCCAGUUCAACGUGGAACAAGAGUUUUGCUUUGACCCGACUUCUCAGUCUAAUUGCUUCCAUGAGCCAAACAUCAAAAACCUGUCCGCAGGCCGCACGGUUUUCUUUGCUGCUCAGCCCAAAUUCACUAAUGUAGACAUCCGGGUCACUAUCGAUGUUACCUUUGGUGCUGUGGAAGUCUAUGUGUCCAACUCUCCUGAUACCUUCAUAGUGGAUGUGGAUCGUAACACAGGUGUCCAUAGCGUUCGCAUCGCCCAGCAGCAGACUGGUGAAGAUGGACGUGAUAUCCCAUCACCAAUAAAGGGAAUAAAUGACAGUCUUCAGCAGGCAUCUCUGCAGGCUGCAGUCAGUAGCCGAAAUGACCGAAUAAGAGAGGAACGAGCAACUGGAUUGAUCACAUACAUCACUGUUAGCUACCAACAGACCAUCCUCAUAGUACGUGGGGUGAAGGACAGGGUGGUCAUUACUUAUCCUCAUGAAGUGCACUCCUUAAAGUCCAGCCGUUUCUAUAUUGCUCUGUUAGGCAUAGGAAAUGGCAAUGUGAGCGAAUCCCAGGGACUACUUUUCUUGCGUCAAGACCAGGCCCACAUUGACCUGUUUGUAUUUUUUUCUGUUUUCUUUUCAUGUUUUUUCCUGUUCCUUUCAGUUUGUGUACUUUUAUGGAAAGUUAAACAGUUCCUGGAUUUCAGAAGAGAGCAGCGACGGCACAUCCAAGAAAUGACCAAAAUGGCCUCCAGGCCAUUUGCUAAACUGACAGUAUAUUUUGAACCCGAUGACCAGCAGCUUGUGUACCUUCCUGCCCGCACACACCAUGGUCCUCUCAAAGGUGGAGGAGGGGGUCCACGAAUAAAGCCUUAUCCUAAACAUGAUCCACCCUUACACCAUCACCACCACCACCACCAUCACCACCAUUAUCAUCAGUUUUGUCGCUCUGACCCCUUCCUAUCCCAGCUUAUGGGAUUUUCCUAUUCCAGCUUCAAGGUGGGUCCCAUAACUCUUGAACCUACAGAUGAUGGAAUGGCUGGAGUUGCAACAGUUCUUUUCCAACUGCCAGGUGGCAUUUUGGCCCCAAAUCGUGCCUGCCUAGGAUCUGCCCUUGUUACCCUCCGGCACAAUCUCCAGGAGUACUGUGGAGCAAGUCAUGGAUCCACUCACUCUCGUAAAGGCAUCAUGAGCCAUGAGAAUCUCACCACCAUGUCCAUGUAAAAGACUCAAGACCUCUUGCCAUGAACAUUUCAGAAAGGGACAGUUGUUUGGUUCCUUUUUUAAACUCAAAUAAAAAAAGUCUUUUUAUUUUUUUUUCUAAUCAACUGACAACUCAAUGAAGUGGCCAAGUCAGACCGUGUAGAAGCAUCUCCUGAUGUACUGAGCCAUUGCUAAAGCACAGGAGUUCAGCAGUUGGCACAAACAGACACUGAAAUUUCUAUUAUGUAAUAGGAGUGUAAGGAAAUAACAUCAUUUGUCAGAAAGAAUAAUUUUGAGUAUUACAACACUAAGAUAAAACUCUUAAUUGUUUUAUGAAAUACUUCUUUUUAUAGUUUAGUGAGCCUCUCGAUUGGGAUUUGCCACCACACUACUCUUACCGGUCAUUAGUAGCUGGCUGACGAGUGAGAAAUUGUAAAUAAGUGUUUAUUGACAGCCAGACCUGCUGAUUAUUAUUUUUAUUAUUAUUAUUGUAAUCUUUUUUUUAUUGUUAAAACGUAAAGCGCAAGGUCUUAAGGUCUUAUGCUUACUGUACAAAAAGCAUUCGGCCCCCAGUAGUGGUGGUGAUGAAUGGUGUCAUACAUUACAAAAGACUGAAAACCUCAGCAUUACACUACGUCUGCCCAGCGGGGCUCUUAUUAAAUUAUUUUCUAGGCUGAAUUCUUUCAGGGCACAAAACCAUUGCAGACGGUGGGCCAUAAUAAAAGGCAAUGCAACGCCAGUGCUUACAAGACGACAUGCGAGCCCUUCAGCCACCUAAUAAAUCAAGCUCUUUGUAGGUCAGUGGAGGAGUUCAGCGCCAUCACUACAGAAAAGCGAUGGUAAGAAAUGUUGAAAAACAUCAGUGUUCAACUACUUGUCCGUUGUUGGACAACAGAAAUGAGUAUUUGAAGGUAAAAUUGUAUAUUUUGCACUACUUUAGAAGUGUGCUGAUACAAGUUUAAAUUUUUUUGAACUGUUUACAGCCACCAACUGUUUAUUUUGGAAAAUAACUAAUAUGUUUAAAUGUCUAAAUAAUGACUGUUGAAAUGUAUUACAUUGACUGUACUCUACGCAUGUGUUUAUUUAACAGGAGGUUACAUACAGCUAUUUCCAAGAUUAAAAAUGGAAAUUGUUGACAUAAAUAACACAAGUUUGUCUGUCAAAGGGUAAAAUGUUACAUCAUUCGCAAAUUCUGAAUUUUAAAAGAAUGUUCACUCCCAUGGCUCUGUCUGGCCUAGUAGAGGCAGCGCACCAAACAGACUUGGAUUUUGCUCAUAUUACUUUUUCUAUAUUGUUACGCGCACGAGCCAGGGUCGAAGUAGGUCUUGUGUCGUAGGCCAUUUAUUUGUAAUGACGACAGGUGACAGAAUGGUGCACCAUCUUUAUUUUUUUGGUUGGAAAUAACUUCUGACUUUAUUUGCAGCAUCAUCUUGAGUUGAUGUCCACUUUUACAAUGCAAUGAGUGCAACUUGUGUGUUGUCUGACAUGUUUUUUUUUUUUUUUUAAAAAAAAUCCUCCCGCAUUUUGUCUUAGUAUUACUGAUGUUGAAUCUUUCCUGUUCUGUGUUGUCUUGUACACUGUAAAGAGAGCUUCUUGGAUGCAGCUUGCACCAUAAACAGGAGUUUGAGGCAUCCCACUUCAGUGAUCAUUUGUUCAGACUUUGGGCAAAACAAAUAAAGGGAUGUAUAUAACAGCAUUGAAGUAUCUUGCUUUUUUUCGUAGUACAAAAGUACAGAAAUAAAAGUUGUUUUUGGAGUA